CGUAGAGCCACCUUUGAGCGGAACGGUGGUCGCCCUUUGGCGAAUAUGCAACUUCACACCUUUUGUUGCGCAACACCACAGGACGCUACCAGCUGCUUUGGGGUACGGUUUUUGCCACCAGGGGUGAACAACAAUGCGUCAGAACAAAUGAACGGAGAGGAUUUCUCCGAAAAUCUUCUACCCGGCGAAGAGAAAACCGACGAUGGAACCAUGUAUGGCUGGAAUUGGCCGAUUUCCUUUGCUCCCGAUAAAAGAAGUUCGGCACAGCUGCGAAUGAGCGUAAAGCAUGUCGAUUGCUGCUUCCCAGGAUUGAGGGAUAUGUGUAUGGUCAUGGGAUGGAGCAGUUCUUGCACUUGCUAUUAG